UUGACUCAUCUCACUUCUACCGGCGAAGCCCAUAUGGUUGAUGUCGGCCAGAAGGAAGCGACAGAUCGAGUCGCCGUGGCUGUCGGCUUCGUCCACUUCAGCAAUAUAGAACCCCACAGACUCAUCACCGAGAAUCUCAACAAAAAGGGCGAUGUUCUCGGUAUCGCACGGAUCGCAGGCAUCAUGGGAGCCAAAAGAUGCUCUGAUAUCAUCCCCCUCUGCCACCCCAUCCCGAUCACCAAAGUCACAGUCAACGUCGGCACGCAUUCCCCUAGCGAUCCCACCGCCUUCAAAAUUCCUAACAGAUACGGAUCGGUGUCUGUCGAAGCACGAGUUCAUACACAUGGCAAGACAGGUGUCGAGAUGGAAGCAAUCUCCGCAGUCACUGCCGCAUGCAUGACCGUAUACGACAUGUGCAAAGCCGUGGACAAGAAGAUACAGCUUGGAGGAAUACACCUAGUGUACAAACACGGUGGCAGGUCGGGCACGUUC